UAGACUCUAGUAUGUUAACCUUCUGCUAGUACGGUUACUAAACUACUUAAGUAAUAAUUAUAAUAAAUAAAAUUUACUAGAAUUGAAUAAUUACUUUACAACCUUGCGAUACUCCCAGUUGUCUGUUUGUAUUUAACUAAGCUAUGGCCAUAACAGAACAUUUUAUCCGUAAUUACAGAUUAGUUCAGUAUAAAAAGUCUGACAAGUCGACAAUACUUAUUUGUUCGAAAUGGGGGAUGCUGAGCCUUCCGAAGUUUUGGAAGGAUUUAUCUGCCCAAUAUGUAAAGCCGAUUUUGGGAAUCCGAGAACACUGUUGUCCCAUUUUCAGGAGGAACAUUCCGAUGAACAGGAUUUAAUUAAGACAUUGAGAGAUAUUUUUGAUAAAGCCAAAAAGAAAAUACUAAAGCAUGAAGUUACAACUGAAUUUACUAGUCCAAGAUCUACGUCUACAAACAGUUUUGUUUACAUCCAGGAAUCCCAACAGAUGGGCUUGACUAGAUGUCAUAAAGAAUAUUUUAUGCAAAUAAGAGAAGAGAGACAGCAAAGAAUUGCCGUUCCCACAAAUCAAAUUAUAAUCAGAUUAGAAAAAUUAUUAGAUAAAAUGCCAACCGACCCUUCAAAAAGAAAGCAACAUGAAAAGGAUGUUGUGCCUUGGAUAAAUGGUAACGAUGUAAAGAGAUGUCCCAAUUGUGCUGAUCUGUUUCAUGUUGCCCGUAGGCAACACCACUGUAGAACUUGUGGGAGCGUCAUGUGCAGCGAUUGCAGCCGGUUUAUAUCUGUGUUAACAGCGAUAAAACUAUUAGAAAAAACUCUUCCUGAUGCGCCCUUGGAAUCCAACGGGGGAGAACACAGCCACAUCAGGUUAUGCGUUCAUUGCUUAAAUUUACUAGAUAUUCGCGAGGAGAGGAAAACUUCUAAAAACGUUAAUCCGAUAAUUAGCCAAUUUUACAAAAGGUUGUCGGAAUACAAAAUUGAAGCGGAUAAUUUUAUGGCCGACUAUAGGAAAAUGUGCGCUUCUUUGAAUUUGGGCGAAUCCACCUUUAGUUUAGAAGCAGCGCAGGAAUUGAAAUUCAGCCUGUUAAAACUCGCGGAAAAUAUUGAAGCUUUAAGUUCUAAAAUCGCUAUAUUGGGAAAGGACGCUGAGCAUCCUCCUCAAGGCUUAGAGUUAAGAUUACAAACAAUGAUAAGAGAUGCCACUACGAUGUAUCUAAGAAACCAUCUAUUAAAUCUACCAGAGUUACCGACUGAAGAUGAAUUUCAGAAAAUUCAAGAAAAAAGAAGGCAAGAGAUUACUGCUAAAAUACAAGAAGAAAAGACAAAACAACAAAUCAGAACUCCGGUCAAUCAUUCGACGAAAUAUAACGGUCCAUCUCCCCAAAAGCAGGCUUUAAGUAAAGGCCAAGGUUGGGUGCCAGAAACCAAAAAGAGGAAUGAAUCUGAUGACCCACUUAUUGAACAGAUGAAUAUAAUUAGAAGUUAUAUUAAAGAAGCAAAGCUUGCCCAUAAGAAUGACGAAGUCGCUAGUUUGGAAGAAAAUUUGCGCGAGUUGAAGAAAGAAUAUCUUAAAAAGCAACAGCAAGAUGAAUUCAAUUCAUCUGUGGACUCAUGUGAUACUACAAGUGAAACUAGUACUGAGGAAGGUGUUAAGUGAAAUUAACGCCAACCACGCUAUGAUUUGUUAAUGAUUUUUUUUUCAUAACAGAUAUUACUCAUCCAUACUAAUUUCUUUUGUUACCUUAUUAGCAGUAAAAACAUAUUUUUUAUA